GAAAAAAUAAAUGCUGCUUGAGAUAAGAACAAAACUCUGUUUUUUUUUGUUUUUUUUUUUUUUUUUUUAAUAGAGCACGACAUUAACCAGCAUAUCCGAUACUAAUGAGAGAACAAACUCGAGAGCUCCGGGACGUUCAAAUCUUUCUGCUUUUCCAAAUGAAAUAAUAUUCAUAAUUCCAGAAAGAAGAUUCAACACGGACGUAAUAAAAGUGCACCGUGCACUCAUUAUUUCGGAAUCCUCGUGAUUAUUCCCCACUGCCCGUGAUGCUCAACCGUGAGCUCACCAGGUCGUUGUUGUGGUUGUUAGUGGUCUGGAGUACAUAUGGAGUAAUGGUUUCAUAAUGGGAUGAUCUUCAUUGCUGUAAGACGCAUUACGUACUAUAUCUCUCAACUGACAUUCAGACGUUAUUUUCUAUAAGAUGCUGGUAUGAUGAACUGAGAGCAUUUUCACCCUCUGAAAAGGGAGUGAAAGUUUUAACAUCUAACAGACCUCAACUCAUGUAAUUCAUUGACAGUAUGAGAAAUGGAUAAACUCACCAUUAUUUCAGGAUGUCUCUUUCUUGCAGCGGAUAUAUUUGCAAUAGCAAGUGUUGCAAACCCAGAUUGGAUCAAUACAGGCGCCCAAGAGGGAGCUCUGACUAUGGGCCUUGUGAAGCAAUGCCAGACCAUUUAUGGUCGGAACAGGCUAUGUAUCUCACCAAGCCUUCCUCCAGAAUGGAUCACUGCCCUGUUCUUCAUUAUCAUGGGCAUCAUAUCACUCUCAAUCACAUGUGGCUUGCUUUUGAUCUCACACUGGCGACGAGAGGCAACGAAGUAUGCUCGCUGGAUUGCCUUCACGGGAAUGGUCCUGUUCUGCAUGGCCGCCCUCAUAUUUCCAGUUGGAUUUUACAUUGAACAAGUUGGAGGACAACCUUACAAAUUACCCAAUAAUACUGUUGUUGGGUCCUCAUAUGUACUGUUUGUUUUAUCAAUAUUAUUCACAAUAGUAGGACUUCUUUUUGCUUGUAAAGUCUGUCUGCCUGGCUGACAAAUUCUCCAUUUGGUAGGUUUUAUUAUUAUUGCUAAAUAUAUUAAUUACUUGAACUGACUUGAUUCCACUAUGGUUCCAUUAUUUUUCAGAUUAACAUUUUUAUUGGUUGCUCCUUCAGCAUGACACAUAACACAACAAAACAUUAAUGUAGAGUCAAACUUUAUCCCCCUUAAACCCCAUUAUUUCCCUUCCCCCCUCCCAUUCCCCAACCCUGCCCUAACCCCCAACAAACAUCCCUGUGGACAAGCCCGAGUACAUGCAGAUAAUAAAAUAAAUAAUAAUAAUUAAAAAAAAUAUACAUACAUAUAUGAAUGUUACAUUUAUAUAGUGCUUUUUGACGCUACACUCAAAGCACUUUACACAGUGAACAGGGGACUCUCCUCAACCACCACCAGUGUGCAGCAUCCACCUGGAUGAUGCAAUGGCAGCCAUUGUGCAUCAGUAUGCUCACACCAGCUAUUUGUGGAGAGAUAGAACCAAUUAAUGGAUGGGAAUUAUUAGAAAGCCAUGACUGAUAAGGGCCAAUGGGGGAAAUUUAGCCAGGACACAAGGGUUACACCCCUACACUUUUUAAGAAGUGUCCUGGGAUUUUUAAUGACCACAGAGAGUCAGGACCUCAGGACCUUAUCUCAUCCAAAGGAUGGUGCCUUUUUACAGUAUAGUGUUCUGAUCACUAUACUGGGGCAUUAGGACCCACACAGACCGCAGGGUGAGCACCCCCUGCUGGCCUCCCUAAUACCACUUCCAGCAGCAACCUUAGUUUUGAUCAGGCUCAACCCUGCUUAGCUUCAGUAGGCAACCAGUUUUGAGCUACAGGGUGAUAUGGGUGCUGGCAUAUAUCAGUAAUAAUAAUAAUAGUAAUAAAUAAUUUCGACGAAAUUUUCCGAUUGACUCCCUGGUCCGCGGCCUUCUUAGGGGUGUCAACAUGAGCAUGCAAGUGUCUUUUAAUGUCUCCAGAGCCCGAGGAUUUUGAAUUCUUUGACAUAUUGUCCUCCUAGAACAGUGAUGGAACAGGGUGUAACGAAUCUCACCGGUUUAUAUCAUAAAAAGUAUUAAAACUAGCAAAGUGCGCAGAGUUCGCCGUUCACACGUCUGAUCCUCGCAUGGCAUGACUCCUACGGGCCUGUCAUUCAAAAUAAAUAAAUUAAAUUAAAUUAAAUAGAAAGAAAAAAGGAUCCACUUCAGAGACAAUACUGAAGGGAAGGUUCAAUGGCUCUGUCCCAAAACUAUAGUCUACUACAUACAAUGGCAGCUACUUCAUAAGUGACUGAUUUGGAACAAUCAACAUACCAUAGGCAGCAACUCUGUGUGUCAUACAUAGAUACAAUUCUGCCAUUAGAAUUUGGGCAGAACAAUCUUUUGGAACAGCCUUUGCAUCAGGAUGCCUUAAAAUGCUGCCUAUGUAAGCUGCUCACUAGGUAUUAGAACAGAUCCAUUAAGACUGCAGGGCCUUUUCUCUGUGAAGUAAAAUUUUUAUUAGAAUGAUAUUGUUGUCAUUAAAUGAAUAACAGUAUCAAUAUUACACAAAGUCAUUCACAUUAGUCUUACUUCCAAAUGAGCUGGUUGAAACCUCUUCAACUUGAAUCCAAAAGGGGGCACUGUAUUGCAAAAAAAAAAAAAAAAAAAAAAAAAAGGUUUACGCUGAAAAUGUUUAAGUCCUUCUAUACAUAAGUCAGGUAUAUGGGGUAUUUUUGAAAGCUUAGAAUCUGAACUUUUCAUAAAUAACCAUCACUUCUGCAUUUAUGUUACAUAAAAUAACAAAACAGGCCUGAAAUCUGCAUUACAGCGCCACCUACAUUUCAGAUCUGCAUGUUGUGAUGGAAGGUGAUAGAGGAAAAACAAAUUCUAAUACUUGCUGCCAUCUAGUGGAAUAAAGUAAGACUUUUUAGUGGGAGAUAGAGUGAACAGAACUAGAAUUACAUGCUUACAAAGUUAGAAAAAAAAAAUAUUAAAAAAUUAUCUUCAUCAUAGGCUUGUAAAUAUACAUAAUAUUAUUUAUGAAUAUAAUAAUUGGAUUUUUUAAAAUUUUUAUUAUUAUUUGGAUUUUUUGCAGUUAGUCCACAGUAUGUGUGAAUGAUGAGCUUUUAAAUUUGAAUGUGAAAAAUUGCAGGCGGCAGCCCAACAAUGCCCCCGAGUUGAAGAGGUUAUUUUCCUUACAUGACUUAUGGAAGUAUGAAUUAUGUGGGGUUUUGCUGAAAAGGUGAAUGUUCUGAAAGGUAGAUAAACCUUGAUGAGCAAGAACAGCUUCAUGAAUUUAUGAAUUAAUAAACUGACUGUAUGUUUUAUAUCAAAUUUAAAGAAAACCGGAAUUUUUGAGUGAAGUGCUUACAUUUGCCUUUUGUACACAUCACUGGAGUUCUUCAUAUGGACUUUUUGUUUGUUUUAGGCAUUGCAUUUUACUUAUAGCUUCAUAUCUCUUUAAAUGUAUGUGAUCUUUUAUGUAUAUUUUUGUCUGUGAUGCAGACAUGAACACUUAAGGCACAUGAACAUUAAUAUUUAAAAAUUACUUGUUUUGUAUUCAUCUUAUUUUAUUCCAGAUAUAUAUUUUUUUGCAUAAUACAUGGAUUGCAA